AUGAAAAACUCCAGAGAUUCAAGGCUCGGUUCUUUCGAUAGCACUGUUAUCAAGACGAAAUCUAACCAUGAUAAACCAGAAUUUCUCGCUUCAGAAGCCCUAAAACCAAGAACAACUACAGACUUAGACACCAAUCCAGUACUAAGCAAUAUUUCUGUACCGACUGCCAUAAAUUUAAGUGGUAAAAAUACAUCCGCGGAAGAAAGUGAAAGUAUAGAACAGAUUGUUGUUGGUGGGGUAGAUCAGGCUAGUGUCUACUCCACCGAAUCUAGGUUAUGUUCUGGAGGAGUUGACUGUGAUGAAAGCUUGACACUUGAGAAGAGCGAUGAUGGUGGAAUCAACAGGUCGCCUAUUUAUAAGAAUUUGCGUGCGCCAAAUGGCCAUCCUAAGCCGCUUACGUUUUCCAUCAAUAAUGAUGCAAAUUACAAGCGUUCCAGCAUUUACGAAUCCAAAUCCACUGUUACGGCCAUUCCCAUAAGAAAUCCGCUCAGCAAUGCCAAGUCGAAUCAUUGGGAUAACGAAGAUGCCUUCUCUACUAGGAGUGGAUCUUCAUCGAUGACAGCAUCUCUAUCGAGAAGCUUCUUAUUUGGGUUUUACAACAACGAAACUAAAAAUAGGCAGAACACUAAGGGGAUAAUUUCCAAAGAAUACUGGAUGAAGGACGAUAGUGCAAAGGAGUGUUUUGCCUGCGGUAAAAGAUUCAACACAUUCAGAAGAAGGCAUCAUUGCCGAAUAUGCGGGCAAAUUUUCUGCAGUAGUUGUACUUUAAUCAUAUCAGGAGAGAGGUUUGGAUACGAUGGCAGAAUGAGAGUGUGUUACAACUGUUAUGAACAUGCAGAUAAUUACGAGGAUUCUAGUGACGAUGAGUCCUAUGCAGAUCAGAUUAGCCAUAAUAAUGAUGGAGAUAGGCUAAUUUUUUCUAGUCAAGAGAACCCUUCAGAGAAUAAUGUAUCCAAAGAGCAUGAAUAUAAAGAUGGUGUUGAAAGAGAUGAGUUUCCAGUGCAGCAGGAACUGAUAUUCAGAAACAAUGAGGAUGCACAAAGUAUUUUAACAAACUCAGAAGACACCAAACUUUUCACAUCCACUCCUCCACCACCGCCAAAAAUGGCGAUACCUGCCACACGGCAGGGAGAGUCUUUGGAGAUUUCUUUCCCAUCUAAUCGAAAUCGUGCCGACAGUUGGCACAAUGAGCUCAAUAGGAAUAACGGUUACGGCACCAAAGACAGGUACACAAUUAAAAAUGUUGAUAUGAUAACACCAUAUGGUCAAAGCUUUGCGUCAUCAAACCAACUAAAUCACAAAGGGGGGCAUAAAGUGGGAAGACGCUCCUUGAGAAGAACAAUUUUCAACUCUGGUGGUUUUAACAGACCCCCUAUGGAGAAAACUCAAACUGGAAAUGCUGAUAGCAUUAUUGGCAAUGCUGGUAGUAAAAAUUUCAAAUUUGAAUUCAAUUACAUGAAAGGGCGUAGGGCAUCCAUGGGUUCCGAUAUGAGAGAGAUAACACCGAUGGCAGAACCUUCGGAGCUAGGGGGAUACAAGAACCGCAUCUCCUCUCCGGAUGCCGACACCUCAGAAGAUGAGGCUUCUAUGUCAAUAUAUUCUUCUUUAAAUGGCGGGUCUCAUUCGAGCAACCCAAUUAGAUCUAUGCGAACCUCAACCAAAUCCACCCAAAGAGCUGAAGCAUCGCUACAAAGAAUGAAGUUUAGAAGGAAGAGUAAGAGUAAGCCAAAUCUGUACAACUCUGAAUCUUUAUACAAAGAACUCACUUCUCUAACUAACAGCUCACCAAAUUUGGUCUCUAUUGUUAAUGAAGAUGCAGACUUUGCACCGUCUUCCAGCACUACGUCUCUGGCAACUAAGGCAAAAAAGCAGACUGCAAACGGUGGCCAAUGGAGAAGGGUAUCAAGUCUUUCUGGAUAUUUAACAUCUGUGGAAAAUAAAAAUGCGCUAAACGAAGUAUCAAAUCUUCACUUAGAGGCUCUGCUUCAACAAGUUCUCGGGGACCAAAACUUUUCAAAGGCUCAAGAGUGGGCCAAUUUACUGCGAGGGUUUCUUACUAAAGCACAAAAUAUCUCUUUGAAUGUGAAAGAUUCUAACACGCUAGAUUUCCGACAGAAUUAUGUUAAAAUAAAACGAAUCAGUGGAGGAAACUUGAAAUUUUCCAAAUAUAUAAAUGGAAUAAUCUUCUCCAAAGAGGCACCCUGCAAAAAUAUGCCUAGGAUGUUGAAAAAUCCUAGAAUUCUGUUAAUUAUGUUCGCGCUAGAAUAUCAAAGAACAGAAAAUCACUUCUUGAGUAUCGAAACUGUGUUUGCGCAAGAAAGGGAAUACCUUGAUAAAUUGGUAUCCAGAUUAACAUCUCUGAGCCCCAGUGUUCUUUUCGUGGGAGCAAACGUUAGUGGUUAUGCUUUAGAGCUUCUUAACAAGGCCGGUGUAGUUGUACAAUUCAAUGUGAAACCUCAAGUUAUUGAGCGUAUUGCGAAACUAACAGAGGCAGAUAUUGCUAUAUCCGUUGAUAAACUCGCAGCAAAUGUGAAGAUGGGUGAAUGUGAAAAGUUUGAAUUAAAAUCCUUCGUCUUUGGUAACGUCUGUAAAACAUAUACUUUUUUGGAAGGAUGCAAGGCAUCACUUGGUGGCACCAUAUUGUUGAGAGGUGAGACCCCAGAGAUAUUGAGGAAAUUGAAAGACGUAUCUGAAUUUAUGGUUUAUGUUUUGUUCUCUCUUAAAUUGGAAAGUUCGUUAUUCAAUGAUAAUUUCCUCCAGCUAUCCCCUUCAUACUAUUUGAAGGAGCAGGAAAGAAGGAGGAAUGAAAAGGUUACAGGCUAUUUUGCCGAUUUUUUAGAGAAAUUCAAUUCUAGAAUUCUGACCGUUUCGCCAACGGUUGAGUUCCCAAUACCCUUUCUUUUGAAACGAGCAAGGGAGUUAGGAUGCGAAUUGCAAGCUAAGAGAAAAGAAAAUGAAAAAUAUGCUGAGACGGAAAAUAUACAGCUAAACGAGAAAACCGCUAAAGUUUUUGGCUUCGAAUCAUUGGCCCUAGCCUCUUCAUUAACUCAAAAAGACUUCAGAUAUUUGAUUAAGUUCAUUCACAAAAAAGAAUUGGAGAAUUUGGAACUUCAGUUCCAAAAGAGAAGUCGACAAUGGGAAGUUUCAUAUGCUCAAUCGAGAAAUAUGCUAGGAACUGGAUCUCACCAAUGUAUUACAGUUCUUUACUCCAUGGUUUCCACUAAAACAGCUAUUCCAUGCGUUGGUCCUCAACUGGUGACAAUUGAUUUUUUUUGGGAUAGUGACAUUUCGAUAGGUCAAUUCAUAGAAAAUCUGGUGGCGACUGCAUCGUAUCCAUGCCAUCAAGGCUGUGGUGGCUCUCUACGAGACCACUAUAGAAGUUAUGUUCAUGGAUCUGGUAAAGUUGAUGUGUUGAUCGAAAAAUUUCAAACACGCCUACCUAAACUGAAAGAUAUAAUCCUGACAUGGAGCUAUUGCAAAAAAUGCGCAGCGACAUCACCUAUUUUGCAAAUGAGUGAGAAAACCUGGAACUACUCGUUUGGAAAGUAUCUCGAAGUGUUGUUCUGGAGUAAAAGGGAGUGUGUCUCUGGAAUUGGUCAAUGCUCUCAUGAUUUCACAAAAGAUCAUGUUCAGUAUUUUGCUCUUAAUGAUAUAGUCGCAAGAAUGGAAUAUUCUGACUUGGAAGUUCAUGAGCUGGUAACGCCUCCCCGCAAAAUUACUUGGACACCUUAUAAAGAUAUUAAAAUGAAAGUCGAACUCUACUACCAGAUUCUCGAUAAAAUAAACUUAUUUUAUGACAGUGUCUCGAAUCGUCUGAGUCGUGUUAAGCUGGAUAGCAUGUGUGGCGAUAAACUUGUCGCAGGACAGGAGAGAAUAACUGAGCUUAAAGCACGUCUCAACGAAGAAAAGAAUAUCAUACUUCAAGAUUUAGACAAGCUCUAUCGAAAUGACCCGGGUGACGAACAUAUGAGCUUGAACAUUAUAAUGAAAGCGCUACACGAUAGAGCAGUCAAUUGGGAUUCAGAUUUUACCGACUUCGGCAAAAAUUUCCUACCAUCUGAAAACGAUAUCACCAGAAUAACUUCACAUCAACUUAAAAAGCUAUUUUCCGAUUUUGGCAGAGAUAUUGAUCAGAUUGAAGAUGAUGAAGCCAAAAAAAAGUCAAAGAAGCAAGAGCUUGUAGAAAGUGCGGAAAAAGCAGCUAGUCUUCUAAAUAACGGCAAUGAUGCAAAAUCUUUUCCCCAACCACAUAUUGCAAGAGAAACUCAUCCUGAUGCUCACGAUCUUUUAGAGCUUACAAAUAAGCAGUCCAAAGGGAACGCUGAUUUUGACUACGCAUUAAAGCCUAUUAAUUAUGCGGUGGUAGAUGCAGCACAAGAGGGAGGCGGAAGACCAGGUCUGAAUCGCACCUCAUCAUCUUUCAAUAAAUCAUUCGAUAAAGGCGUGUUUUCAGAUAUUCAAAACUCUGCAGCAAUUAGUGGUGCCAGUAGUCCUCUGUCAAAUGGGAAAGGUUAUAAUGCAAAUAGUAAAGUUGGUCAGUUGGCAAACUUUUUUGACCAAAUGCAUUUUGACGCCUUAUCAAAGGAAUUUGAGCUUGAACGAGAAAGAGAAAGAAUUCAGCUGAAUAAAAAUAAAUAUCAAGCUUCAAGGGUUCACACUUCAACACCGAUUGUAGAGAUAUACAAGAACGUGAAAGAUGCAGUGGAUGAGCCUCUGCACGAUCUUGAUCUGGCUUCUCUCAAAAAUCUGAAAUCGCGUAAUCAUGCAGGGAAAAAAAAUUCGACAUUGAAGGAAGACGGUGUUGAUAACAAGCUUGAAAAUGAGCUCGAGACGUCGAUUAAUCAAUGGGGCGACGAAAUUAUUAAUAAAGAUCAUACAACAGUAGAACCGGGUGUUCCUACCCCAAAUAUUGUUGUGUCGAGUGAGACAAAGGAGAAAACUACCAGUGAACCUCUACCACCAGUAAUGACUACGACAAAUGUCAGUAAAGAUAGUUCCGAUACUCCACCCGAAAAAUCUUUACUGAUUAAGGCGUUGACGAACUUUUGGGCAGAUAGAUCUGCAUCUCUGUGGAAACCACUUGAUUAUCCGACAUCACCAACAGAGCAUAUAUUUGUAGAUAGUGAUGUGAUCAUUAGAGAAGAUGAACCAAGCUCACUGAUUUCAUUCUGUCUGAGCACUUCUGAUUAUAAGCAGAAGAUGGCAAAAUUGGAUCAACAGGAACAUAUUGGAAGCACAAACGUCGAUGCUUCAGUCAACACAACCACUCAAGCUUCUGAUAUUUCUGCUUCAGAAAACCAAUCAAACAGCUCUCUGCGUGAGACAACGUCUGGAAGUAUAAAGCACAGCCCUCCACCUCAAAUGAAUAGACAAUCCUCACAUUCUUUUCAAAAUGGCAAAGAUAAUUUGGAGGCAGUCAUGACAAAAUCCACAGGUGUGCAUCUUAGAUAUCAAUUCGAGGAUGGCCUAACGGUAAUGUCCUGUAAGAUUUUUUUUGCAGAACAUUUUGAUGCUUUCAGAAGGAUUUGUGGCUGUAACGACAAAUUUAUUCAAAGUUUAUCUAGAUGUGUUAAAUGGGAUUCCAGUGGUGGCAAAAGUGGAAGUGGAUUUUUGAAAACUUUGGAUGAUAGAUUUGUCAUCAAGCAACUUUCUCAUGCAGAAUUAGACGCAUUUAUCAAAUUUACGCCCAGCUAUUUCGAGUACAUGGCGCAAGCCAUGUUUCAUGAUUUACCAACAACACUGGCAAAAGUUUUUGGCUUUUAUCAGAUUCAAGUCAAGAGUUCGAUAUCUGGUGCUAAGAGUUAUAAAAUGGAUGUCAUCAUAAUGGAGAAUCUAUUCUACGAAAGGAAAACUACAAGGAUAUUUGACUUGAAGGGAUCAAUGCGUAACAGACAUGUCGAACAGACAGGUAAAGAGAACGAAGUCCUAUUAGACGAAAACAUGAUUGAAUAUAUCUACGAGUCUCCAAUUCAUGUGCGAGAAUACGAUAAGAAGUUACUGAAAGCUUCUCUGUGGAAUGAUACUUUGUUCCUUGCUAAAAUGAAUGUAAUGGAUUACUCACUUGUCGUAGGUAUCGACAAUGAAGGUCACACUUUAACUGUGGGUAUAAUAGAUUUUAUAAGAACUUUUACUUGGGAUAAAAAAUUAGAAAACUGGGUGAAAGAAAAAGGAUUGGUAGGAGGCAGCGGUACAAAGAAGCCAACUGUAGUCACUCCAAAGCAGUACAAAACAAGGUUCCGAGAAGCAAUGGAUAGAUAUAUUUUAAUGGUUCCAGAUCCGUGGUAUCAAGAAAGCACGUAA